GGUUAAUUUGUAUGCGGGGGAAUGGGUACAGGUUUGUUUUUUUGUGUCACGUGACUACCUUGCUCGGUCUCUUUGCGAAAAGCAACACAACUAAGAAGAAUCCAAUUUUUAUCAUCGAGGACGUCCGCCAAGUAACACCAUGUCUGACGCGGAAGGAGAUGAUACUACUCAACAGCCCGCCGCCGGCGGUGCUAUGGAUAUAAACACUGCUCUGCAAGAAGUUCUGAAGACCGCUCUAAUCCACGAUGGUCUUUCCCGAGGUCUUCACGAGGCCGCAAAGUCUCUCGACAAGCGCGAGGCCCAUCUAUGCAUUCUGUCAAACAACUGUGAUGAGGCGAUGUAUGUCAAGCUUGUCGAAGCACUCUGUGCUGAGCACGGCAUCCCGCUAUUGAAGGUGGACGACAGUAAGAAGCUUGGCGAGUGGGCAGGGCUCUGCAAGAUUGACAAGGAGGGUAAAGCCAGGAAGGUUGUUGGCUGCAGUUGUGUGGUUGUCAAGGAUAUCGGCAAGGAUAGCCAGGCCCAUGACGUGCUGAUGCAAUACCUCAAGUCAAAGAAGAGCUCUUAGGUCUCAAAACUACUUGUCAGUUGGGCUUUGUUCAAUAAAGCAGUGAUAAAA